UUCUGAUCUAGCUGAUGGGUGAGGUCUCUUCCAAUCACCAAGAGUUAAAAGCUUUUCGGCGGAAACAUGGACCACAUCACAGAGGGGCAGAGGUAGCCCCUGCUGUGGAGCAGAGCUCAUCUCUGGAACCAUCUGACAGAGCACCUCGGCUGGCGUUCGUCAGAGCGGACACCAUGGCGGACGACGACUACGACGACUACGGGCUCUUCAACACCUCCGACAGCGGCGGUGGCAGCGGCAGCAGCCAGGAGCACCAACGCUUCCUGCGCUUCCACCAGGUCUUCCUGCCCUGCGUGUACGUGGCGGUGUUCGUCUGCGGCCUGGUGGGGAACUCCCUCGUGCUGGUCAUAUACGUCUUCUACCAGAAGCUGAGGAGCCUGACGGACGUGUUCCUGAUGAACCUGCCCCUGGCCGACCUGGUGUUCGUCUGCACUCUGCCCUUCUGGGCCUAUGCGAGCAUCCACGGGUGGGUCUUCGGCAGGAUCGCGUGCAAAGUCCUGCUGGGCAUCUACACUUCCAACUUCUACACGUCCAUGCUCACCCUCGUCUGCAUCACCGUGGACCGCUUCAUGGCGGUGGUUCAGGCCACCAAGGCCUACAACGAGAAGGCAAAGCGGAUGAGCUGGGCCAAGGCCAUCUGCCUGUCCACCUGGGUGGUCUCCCUGCUGGUCUCCUUGCCUCAGAUCAUCCACGGCGACACCCGUGAGUUGGACAAGCUCGUCUGCAGCUCCCACAAUGAGGAGAUUUCCACCGUGGUCCUUGCCAUCCAGAUGACCAUGGGGUUCUUCCUGCCGCUGCCUGUCAUGGUCGUCUGCUACUCGGUCAUAAUCAAGAACCUGCUUCACGCCCGAGGCUUCCACAGACACAAGUCUCUCAAGAUCAUCUUCCUGGUGGUGGCUCUGUUCCUGGUGACCCAGACGCCCUUCAACGUCGUGAAGAUCAUCCGCAGCCAGAGCUGGGAGUACCACAGCAGGACCAGCUUCCAGUACGCCGUCGUGGUGACCGAGGCCAUCGCCUACCUGCGGGUCUGCCUCAACCCUGUGCUCUACGCCUUCGUGGGCCUGAAGUUUCAGAAGAACUUCUGGAAGCUCAUGAAGGACACUGGCUGCCUCCCUUACCUGGGAGUCUCGAGGCAGAAUUUUUCAGAGAAUACUUCCAAGACGGGCUCGACUACCCACCACGCGGAGGCCACCAGCAUGUUCCAGCUGUAGGCCCUGCGGGGCUCGGAGGGGCGGCCUGGGAGCUGGCGGGAGCGGGGCUGCGUCCCCGGGACGGGAAGAGGAAGGCCGAGUUCACAGGGUGUAGGUUUUCACGGACACGUAAGCAAAUGCUACAGCUGGUGUGGAAUGCUGCUUCUCAGGCACGGACACACCUGUUCUCUCCUCAAACACCCAGGCCUGGAGCUCAAAGCGGGGUCUA